AUGGCCAUUCGAACGCAGAAGCUCUUCCAGCUGCAAGGCCGCUCAUCGACCCCCAAAAGCCAAGUAGGUGCUCACUAUAUGUUCGACAGCAGCCUAGAGCCGCCCGCGCUGGACCAGACGGGAAAGACAGAAGCGUACGCUCUCGUAUUAAUCCUUAAAAGGCCUAUUGAUCCUCCGCCAAUACUUCAGUUGAUGAUGCAAGACUUUGACCCAGACAAUCCUGCAGAUGUGGAAGAAAUCACAAGCCAGUGGUGGGUGGUGUACUGUAAUCUGGUGGCGGCGGAGACACCGAGUCAAGACUUAACCACCAUGCACUUUUUUCGAGACGACGGUAGGAAAGAAGUUCAAAGGUUGCUCCUUGGGACUAUGGUGGCCAGUCCGACCGUAACUAUGGACGACCCUGACCCGGAAACGAUGCCGCAACAUCCGAGAGCGCCUUCUGCUCCUCCCAGUCCUACGAUUGAUCGGUUCAUUCCGAGGUCUUCAGCUUCCUCGACGAGGAAAGAAAGACCGCCUCAUCAAAUACCAGGCUCGUUCUUCAUCUUCCCUGAUUUGUCCGUCCGAAGAGCCGGUGACUAUCGCCUACAAUUCACUCUUAUGAAGAUGGAGGCCGGAAUUUUGAACCAAAAAGGCUCAAAGGUCCCGGCUGUCGAUAUCACCUUCAGCGAGCCCUUUCGCGUCGUCAAUGCAAAAGAUUUCGAUCAAGUGCAGCCGAGUACCAAUCUGGUAAAGGGUCUCCUACAGCGUGGCGCAGGUUUCCCUCUGAAGCUCAAGAAAGGAAAUAGAGAGGGCCAGAGACGCAGAAGGCACAAUUCCGGAGGUGAUUCGGAGUACUACGAUGACGAUGAUGAUUAA